AUGGAUCCGGCCGCGGGCGACGGCGAUGACGCCAACGACGCCGCCGCCGCCGCCAUGGCCCAGAUGAUGGGCUUCUCGGCCUUUGGCGCGCAGGACCGCCCGCAGAAGAAGCGCCGCUACAACCCCCUCGCCGACGCCGCCACAGAGCAGCAGCACUUAUCGAAGCAGCAGCAUCAUCUUCAUCACCAUCACCACCACCGUCGUCAAGGGAAUUCUCACGGCGCCGCGUCCUCGACGGGGUCGAACGCGACGCCGCUCGGGGCGACGAAGCGCGAUGCAGGAGGCGCCACGGCGUCCGUGCGCCCAUCUGCCGCGACGAACACGGACGAGAUCUCGCUGGAGGAUGAAAAUGACGAGGUCGAGCCCGCCAUAGCCGCCGCCGCCGCCGCCGCCGACGACGACGACGACGACGUCGCAGAAUCAGCGGCAGCUGCCGAAAGCAGCACGACCACCAUCGCCUCGUUACCUCGUCCAGCUGGGUUGCCGGAACGACCAGCGCCCGGCGUGGGCUUCGUCGGCAUGCCCCCGCGCCGCCGCGGACACGGCGAGCCGCAAGACCACCAUCACAUCCGCGACAGGGGCCCCUCGAGCGGGAAACCUUGGUACGAGGACUACUACGACCCAUCGUCCAACGAGAAUCCCUGGGAGCGCCUCGAAUCUUCCAUGGGCCUGUUGCCGAGAGGCUCGUGGUUGGCGCGCGGGCAUCGGCAACAUGCGACCACCCCGCCCGCUCAAACUUGA